CGUAGCCAAUCAAAACGCCUGGCGCGCGCUGUGCUGACUCGUUUUAGUUAUAAAAAUAAAUAAAUAAAUAAAAAUAAAUCCAGUAACAUAUCUAUCCAUAUAACCUUGCGUCACGGAAUGUCGUCGUUUGUCACCGAAGUCCUCGCCAGCUCUGGCAAACUGGAGAAAGAGGACCUGUCCAGUAAAAUCAGCAAAAUGUCGCGCAAGAUAGACGAUACCAAGGAAGAAGUGUGUGCUAUGAUAAACAACCGUUAUAGUGACUUCCUGCCGAGUCUACAAGCAUCUGAGGACCUCAUGGUGCAGGUCGACGAAGUCUCCAAAGAAAUGGACACCCUUAAAAAUUUUAUUGAGAAUGAGGUUCAACUAAAUAUCCACGUGGCUGUAGCCGAGUAUACAAAGUACAAGGAGCAGCUGGAGAAAAACACAAUCAUCACCACCAUGCUUGGACACCUAAAAGAGUUUCACAAUGCAAUGGAGGAAUUCAACAAAGCCCUUCAGGAGAAGAAGUAUGUUGAUGCUGCUAACCAGCUGGAAAAGGCGAGGGCGAGCGUGGAGUCCCUCAAAGGCUGGAAGGCGACGCAGCUCCCUCUGAUCAGCGCGCUCAGCUCGGAGUUGACGGUGCAGAGGGAAAACCUCAUGUAUCACCUGGGAGAUGAAUGGAAGCGCCUCGUCAUCUGGAAAUUGCCCUCCUUAAAAGACCCUGCAGGCGUGGCCUCCUUCCUAAAGGUGAAGCUGUGUCUGAGCCAUUCUCCUGAAAAGGACAGUAAACCAGAGCCACCUGCUGAGCUGUGCAGCGUCCUGCAAGCGUUGGCCAUCCAGGGAGACCUUCAGCGGAAGAUCAAACUCUUCAGUCAGGUGCUGCUGAAGAACAUGUUGAAGCCGGUGGUGCUGCACCCGUCUCUGAAUGUGUCGGUGUCCGAGCAACAGCAGGGAAAGGGGAUCGUCCUGACCUUCCAGCAACUGAAGGGGAGUCACGGGGAGCACGCCACUCCGUCGCAGGUCUACAGCAAAGUUCUCCUGGUGCUGAAGACGCUUCACUCAAACCUCCUAGAUGUGGCGAUCCGUGACAAAAAGCUGUCUACUAUGUUGGGGGAGCUGAUAUGGGAGGAGCUUUCCCGAUGCAUCAUCCACGAGUGUCUGCUCUACUCUAUCCCCACCAACAGCAGCCAGCUGGAAAAAUACAACACAGUGAUCAAGGAGACGGAGGAGUUUGAGAAGGCUCUGAAGGAGAUGGAGUUUCUGCAGGCCGAAUCCACAGACCUGCUUAAAUACGCCAGAGACGUCAACUGUCACUUCGCUAGCAAGAAGUGCAAGGACGUCAUCGUGGCGGCACGCAAACUCAUGACGUCCGAAAUGCACAACACCGUCAAGAUCACGCCAGACUCCAAGCUGCGUUUCCCCAAGCUUCCUGCUCCUGACUCAUUGCCGCGGGUGACGCGGGAAACUCCCAGCAAGCAGGCCGCCGCCGCCAUGGAGAACGGCAGUCAGCUGUCGGCGUCGAGCAUGUGUCUUCCGGCGUGUCGCAUCAGCGAGUCUGUACAGCAGCUGAUGGAGCUGGCUCUCAAUACGCUGGGCGAGGCUGUCGGAAGCUCCACACAAUGCGCAUCCCAACUCUUUUUCACCGUCCGAAACAUCUUUCAGCUCUUCUACGACGUUGUGCCGACAUAUCACAAAGAGAGCCUUCUCAAGUUUCCCCACCUGGCUGCCAUCCAGCACAACAACUGCAUGUACUUGGCCCACCACUUUCUCACCCUGGGCCACCAUUUUAGACCCCAUUUGCCACAGCCCCUCAGCCAGGGUGUGGUCACCUUCGUCGACAUGGUGCCAGCAUUCAGGAAAUUAGGCGCUCAGUGCUUCCUAACGCAACUGAACGUCCAGAGGGCAGAACUGCUGGAGCGACUGUCCGCUGCUCACAACUUCUGCAACCUGGACGACGCCGACAACUACACAGCAGCUAGCAAGGCCGUGAGGCAGGUGAUCCAUCAGUUAAAGCAGCUAGGAAAGGUGUGGCAGGACGUCCUACCGGUUGCCGUCUACUGCAAAGCCAUGGGCAACCUCCUCAACACGGCCAUCAUGGAAAUGAUUGCCAAGAUCAUUAUGCUGGAGGAUAUCUCUUCGGAGGACGGCGAGCACCUGCACACUCUCUGCCAGACGGUCAUCGAGGAGGGCCCGCUAGUCUUUGUGCCGCUGACCGAGGAGCAAAAAAAUAAGAAGUCCCAGGAGGAGGUUCCCCUUUACGUUAAAAAGUGGAGCACUUUCAAGGAGCUGGUCAUCGUGCUGCGCGCCAACCUCCAGGAGAUUGUCGACAGGUGGGCAGACAGUAAAGGUCCUCUGGCAUUGGAGUUCACAAGCACCGAGGUGAAGAGUCUGAUCCGGGCCUUGUUCCAGAACACGGACAGGAGAGCCAUGGCUAUGACCAAAAUUAAAUAGAGGUUUGGAGGCGGAAACGACCACAAACGAAAGACUGAAACACACUAAGCCACAACAUUAAGUAUACACCUGUACCCAAUGAGUUCUGCCUUUACAAUAGUAACCAUGCUCAGUUUUGAUUUGACAAUGUCAGAGAGAGAUUUGAUAAAGAAAAUGUUUGCAGUAAAGUACAACUGACCUGUCUCUAAUAUUUUAGUGACCUUAAUUAGCUAGACGAGAGUGGGGGAAAAAACAAAAACAGCUCUCAGUAUGAUAAAGUGCACUUCUACACCACUACAAAGCAGAUUUUAGGCUGUUUGAAAGUUCGUGUAUGGAAACAGGCUAUACAGGCAUACCUAAUGAAAUGUCUGAUUGGCUCAUGUACUGUACUGUAUUUCUUCAAAUAGAAAUAGCCCCAAAAGUCAGCAGUCUCUGGCACCAUCUUGUGCCUCUAAUUUGAUAUACAAUAAACCACCGCGGCUCCGAAAAAAACAACCAAUCAGAGACAGCAGGCAUGACUUAUAAGGUGUCCGUCAAUCAGAUGUCACGGCGAGGCACGGUGUGCCCACAGGUGUGUGACAAAUAAUAAAUUAUUUAAUUGCAACAUAUGGCACAAAUUUUAAUAAAAAUUAGACCCAAAUAAACAUAUUUCUUAUUAAAUGCAAAUGUUUUUCAUUUAGAAAUACAACUGAAGUGUACGUAGGCAAAAACCAUUCAAAAUAAAGGCCUUCUACCAUCUGCAGUUGAGUUAAUAAACACUAUUUGCCAAACAGUGCAUCUCCUAAUUUGGUAGCAGUGUGUUUGAAUUGCUUAUCUUUAAUCGGUGGAAUGUUCCUUACCCACACACGUCUCGCAAUCCCAGAGAUUAUAUUUAUGCUUUCAUCGUAUACCUUAUAUAGUGUGUUUACCCUGGCGGUUGUGUAAGCACUGGACCCCCAUCUGUUCACACGCACGGUUAAUGUUUUACUGCAAUACUGCACUUCUGUACAUUGAUGUGAAUCUUUCCUCCGUAACCAUAUGCAGUAUGUGUGUGUUCAACCGCACCAUCCCUCAAAAACAACAGUUUGUACAAAGGAACAUAAAGCUUACCCUGCAUGCCAAUAAAAGUACUGUAUUACAAAAUUAA